AUGUACGCCCUCACGCCCGAGCGGGGCGUAGGCGCCACCGCCGACCGGUUCCCUUCCCCGGGCACCGGCACCACCAGGGUUUCGGCAACAGUUGCAGCAGCAGCGUUCAGCCACCCCCGCCCGCCCAGAGCCCAGACCCAUAGCCAGAGGCCAGAACCAGGAAACCGCCCGCCCCCGCCGGCCCCGGCCUCGAAAUACCGCGCCACAGGUCGUGGAGGGGGGGACCCGUCCCGACCGCUGUCGCCCAGCAGUCGCCUAAUCGCGCCCGAGCCCCGGCCGUACGCCGCCAUUGAGCUCAUCCACCAGCAGCCUGUGCGGUGGACGCACGACCGCAUCGUCGCGUGCGACGGCGGUGGUGGCCCCGAGGGUCACCCCAAGAUCUUCAUCAACACGGACAAGCCUGAGAUUACGCCGUGCGGGUACUGCGGGCUGCCUUUUGCGAACGAGCACCACAGGCAACACCUCGAGUCUCUGCCGGAGACGUCGUAUCCGCUGUCGGGUUGA